AUGAAUGCUACUAGAAGACAACAGCCAAGGAGGCUGGUUGUUAAGCUAUAUCAGUUUUUCCAUAUAUCAAGCGCCUUCUUAUAUUGCGCUUUGUUAGUUCGUUGGUUGGUUCUUCUUCCAUUGGUCUCGCGAAAGUAUCUACCAGGAGGAAUUCAUAGGUUUCUAUGUUGUUUGAUGGUAUACUCAGCGGUCGGUAACAUUCUAUGGUGGAUUAAAAUGCGAGGCCUGGCCUGGUCGAUCUUUAACAGACACAAUCUUAAGAAUAUCAAUCUAAUAUAUCUUGUAGCCAUUCUGCACUUUUAUGAUGAUUUUGAACACUCACCGCUCUUGAAAAAUACUAGUUAUUCCUCUUUCAUUGUUGGUCUUUCAUUCACGCAAAUGUACUAUCACUGGAAUAGAAUAUUCAAGGGCCCAUCACCUGAACCACGAAGCUCAAAAUCGUUAGCUUCUAGACUUAACGCAUUUAUCAUGAUUCCACUCUUAUACCUUAGUGAAUUUUACCUACUAUUGUUGAAUACUGAGAUUGAUAACUAUCACAAUGGACCAAAGACUGUGCUUUUCAAUAAGUUUGUGUUGGUGGUGUUUAUCCCAUUGUGUUUGCAUCUAUACAAAGGCUUUUUAUAUAAAUGA